AUGAUGGAAAGUCUGUCAGAUACAAAGUGGGAUGUGGUGAUCAAUGGGACUGGCUUUGGUCAGUCUCUCCUGGCACUGGCCCUCUCACGCUCUGGAAAGAAGGUUCUUCACUUGGACUCAAACCAGUACUAUGGUGGUCCAGAUGCAGCCUUCAGUCUUGAUGAGGCCCAGGAAUGGGUCAAGGAAGUUAAUCAAGGCAGCCACUCAUUAUUUAAAGAUGCCUCUAUAUCCACUUUUCAACAAUCUGGGGACUCUUCAGUUUCUGCUGAGCAACCAGAGUCGCCAAAGCUUGCGUCUAGUCGAGCUUACACAUUGUCCCUCUCCCCGUAUUUCCUUCAUGCUCGCUCCGCACUAAUGUCAGCCCUCGUAUCAUCCAAGGUUUUUCGCCAGCUCGAAUUUAUGGCUGUGGGCAGCUGGUGGAUUUACGCACCUGAGAAGCCUGAAUCUGAGAGCUGCAACCUCGGCGCGGAAAAUGUCCUCUACCGGGUCCCUGGUAAUCGGGAGGACAUCUUCGCUGCUUCUCAUAUAAGCAUGAAGUCAAAAAGAACCCUCAUGCGGCUACUGCGUCACAUCACCAAAUCCAGUGAGGAAGAAGGCUCAGAUGAAAUUGAAGACAUGUCCAUGCCAUUCAAAAACUACUUGGUUUCCAAAUUCAGUGUUCCAGAGGAGCUUCACGAUCCCCUGCUGUCGCUAUCUUUGUCUCAGCUUUCUCAACAGGAUACAUCUGCCAGCUAUGCAGUUUCCAAAAUUCAACGGCAUUUGUCAUCCAUUGGGCAUCUUGGCCCUGGGUUUGGAGCUGUGAUUGCAAAGUAUGGUGGCGCACCCGAAAUACUGCAAGCUGCCUGCCGUGCCUCCGCUGUGGGAGGGGGUGUAUAUGCCCUGGAUACGCAGAUGAAUGAUGUCAAAUGGCGCACAAGCUCCGAAUAUUCUGAGCAUCCCUUCUUGGUUACAUUGGCCAAUGAAGGCGACAUUCAGUCUAAAUUCUUGUUUCACUCAACGCCGGAUUCCUUGGAAGAUUCAAGACCCUUGAUUGAAGUGGCUCGUUCGGUCAGUGUUGUGUCGGGAACUUUCCCUUCCCUUUUCCCUCGUACAGUCGAAGGAGCUCCUUUGCCUGCAACUGCAGUUCUCAUGUUCCCGGGACAUACCUUGGGUAGUCCUGAAGCACCUCCUGUAUACCUGCAGGUCCAUUCAAGUGACACUGGCGAGUGUCCUCUUCAGCAGAGUGUAAUCUAUUGCAGUGUGGCCCUCGCCGGACCCGAAGGUCAAUCAAUCCUUGAAGCUGCAUUAGACAAACUUCUUGCCGCUGAAGGUCAUUCUGCCCGCAUGCUUUGGUCUUGUCGAUACACCCAACGCGGUCUCCUCAGUAAUGGGGAGACCCGGUGGUACCUUAAACAGGAGGACUCUUGUCCUGACCUCUACUUCUUCCCACCCCCAAGCCUUGACUUUGCCUUCGAAGAUGACACCCUCGACAUCGUCAAGGAGGCUUGGAAGAAGAUUGUAGGAGAGGAGGUAAAUGAUGAUGAUUUCAUGAUGUUUGACGAUCGUGAAGGCACUUCUGAUCAAUGA